GCGUUUAAAUACACGGAUAUAUUAAAUUGGCGUAUGCGUUAGACUAAUACGAUGUUCUACGCUCACGACAUACUGCAGAAGAAGGGUGGGAAGUUUGGCAUAGUAUGGAUUGCUGCUACCCGAUCUAUAAAGGUGCUCAACAAACGAGACGUUGUAAGUGUGAACAUCCCAAAAGCAUGUGAUGACAUCAUAGAUUACAUAAUGGUGCGACACGGUAAACUGCAUGACCGCAGACGCUUCUCUCUUUACCUGUCUGCUCAGCUCAUGUAUGGAAUCGUGAAGCUGCAUCAAAAACAGGGCCUCUACUAUCUUAGUGAUACAAUGGAAUAUAUCAGGAACUUAAACCUACUAAGUGCUCAAACCAGUCUAAGGUACAUUGACAUGAGCCCAUCAAAGGAUCUCCAAGUGCUCAGGACAUUCGACACGGACUGGGGCAACCCAUGUUUCGGACAACUUGGCGGUGUUUCAGAUUCAUUGUUUCAGUACAGUGAUGAGGACUUUUUCGUAAUCAGAAGGACUCCGAUUUCCCCACCACUGAGUCCUCUGUUAGGCAGCUUGGAGAUGCAGCGUCCAGGUUAGAUAUUUA